CGCUGUCAGCGCGGUUAUAAGGGAGGGAAAAGUUCCUGCGCCGGGAGCUGGGUAGGCGCACGCUCGUACGGCAGCCGCAGCGGCGGGGCGGGGCCGCAGAAGACGGGGGGCGGUGGCGGAAGCCCCCGGGAACGCGAUUACGUUCCCCUCGGUGUCUCGCUCUGACCUCAGCCAGGUCCCGGGUUCCCGAGGACUGUUGCACGCAACCAUGGGUGGCGUCGGGAAGCCCGGCGCAGGGCCAGGGUCGCGCGAGGGGCCCGCGCAGCUGGGGGCGCCGCUGCCCACCUUCCGCUGGGAACAGAUCCGCCCGCACAACCUGCCGGGUGACAAGUGGUUGGUCAUCAAGCGUCGCGUCUACGACAUCAGUCGCUGGGCACAGCGGCACCCUGGGGGCAGCCGCCUCAUUGGCCACCACGCUGCUGAGGACGCCACGGAUGCCUUCCACGCCUUCCACCAGGACCUCAAUUUUGUACGCAAGUUCCUGCAACCCCUGCUGAUUGGAGAGCUGGCCCCGGAGGAGCCCAGCCAGGAUGGACCCCAGAAUGCUCAGCUGAUUGAGGACUUCCGAGCCCUGCGCCGGGCAGCUGAGGACAUGAAGCUGUUUGAAACCAAGCCUACCUUCUUCACUCUCCUGCUGGGCCACAUCCUGGCCAUGGAGCUGCUCGCCUGGCUUAUCAUCUACCUCCUCGGCCCCGGCUGGGUGCCCAGCACCUUUGCUGCCCUCAUCCUUGCCAUCUCCCAGGCCCAGUGCUGGUGUCUGCAGCACGACCUGGGCCACACCCCUGUCUUCAGGAAGUCCCGGUGGAACCACGUGGCCCAGCAGUUUGUGAUGGGGCAGCUGAAGGGCUUCUCUGCCCACUGGUGGAACUUCCGCCACUUCCAGCACCACGCCAAGCCCAACAUCUUCCACAAAGACCCAGAUGUAACCCUGGCACCCAUCUUCCUCCUGGGGGAGUCAUCUGUUGAGUAUGGCCAAAAGAAACGCAGAUACUUACCCUACAACCACCAGCACCUGUACUUCUUCCUGAUUGGCCCGCCGCUGCUCACCCUGGUGAACUUUGAAGUGGAAAACCUGGCAUACAUGCUGGUGUGCUUGCAGUGGAUGGACCUGCUCUGGGCUGCCAGCUUCUAUGUCCGCUUCUUUUUGUCCUACGUCCCUUUUUACGGCAUUCCUGGGGUGCUGUUCCUCUUUGUUGCUGUCAGGGUCCUAGAGAGCCACUGGUUCGUGUGGAUCACACAGAUGAACCACAUUCCCAAGGAGAUUGGCCGUGAGAAGCACCGGGACUGGGCCAGCUCUCAGCUGGCAGCCACCUGUAAUGUACAGUCCUCGCUCUUCAUUGACUGGUUCAGUGGGCACCUCAACUUCCAGAUCGAGCACCAGUAUCAGCACACUCUCCCCACCAGCCUCUUCCCCACGAUGCCAAGGCACAACUACCGCAGGGUGGCCCCGCUGGUCAAGGCGCUGUGCGCCAAGCACGGCCUCAGCUAUGAGGUGAAGCCCUUCCUCACUGCCCUGGCGGACAUCAUCAGGUCCCUGAAGAAGUCUGGCAACAUCUGGCUAGAAACCUACCUCCACCAGUGAAGGCAACCCCCAGGGUCCCAGCAACCAGUGCCGGCCGGGCAGGCUGGACAGCUCUGCUCCCCUGCUGCCCCCCAACAGCCUCCCACUGGCCUGGGGGACCCUGCCUGCCCUCCUGGCCCUGCUCUCUUCCCCUCAGACUCCCGGCCUGUCUGCUCAGCAGCCCAAAGGCCAUGGCACUUGGCCCACCUGCGCCAGGGCUAGGGGGAUGGUACAUAGAGCCACAUGGUGAGCAUGGCAUGUUUUCCUAGAACAAAAAUGUAAGGAAAACUGUUAUUUUUAUAUAAAAAUAAAC